AUGAAGGGCGCAUUGGAGAUGAUGGUCCUGCGAAGGGCAUUUCAGCAUUCCACCACCAUCGGCCGGCAGUCCUUCAACACGACCACGACCACCUACUCUCUCAGCAGGACGAGUCCCUGGAGCAGAACGCCGGUCGACUAUCAUCGAUAUAGCUCCCGAGCAUUGGACCCGACAUCCUCAAUCGAUCAACAUGAGACGACUCAUGCAGACCGGCCAGCAGUUGCGGACAAAAAGAAGUCGAGUCUAGUGACGUUCAAGACGCUCAAGGAACUAUAUCGAAAGGAGAUCCCGAUCACCAUGCUCACCGCAUACGAUUUCGCGACGGCCAGGAUGGUAGGAAUGGCGACGAGCCCAUCGGAAAGCGAGGAGAAAGGGCCGAGUAGCGAGCUUCCGGGCGGUAUAGACAUCUGUCUGGCUGGGGACUCGUUGGCUAACGUCUGUCUCGGAUACCAAUCCACGACCGAGCUUGGGGUGGACGAGUUUGUCUACCAUCUCCAAGCGAUCCGCAGAGGCUUAGACAGUCUCAAGACCGAGCCCAACUAUCGGAUCCCGCUGUUCAUCGCCGACCUGCCCUUCGGGACAUACGAGGCGAGCGUCGAGCAAGGCAUCCGAACGGCCACCCGGCUCGUCCAAGCCGCCAGAGUGGAUGGACUCAAGAUCGAAGGCGGGAAGGAGCUUGGACCGCUGAUCGAGCGAUUGACUGGCUUUGGGAUCCCCGUCAUCGGCCAUAUCGGCCUCACCCCUCAACGGGCCAGCAGUCUCGGCGGCUUCAAAGUCCAAGGCCACGACUGUCCCUCCAAGGCCCGGGAGAUCAUCGCCGAUGCGCUCCACCUCGAGCGCGUAGGCUGCGUCGGAAUCGUGAUCGAAGCCGUGCCCGUCGAGCUGAUUAGUCAUCUCAAGAAGCUCCUCAAGGUCCCCUUGAUCGGCAUCGGUGCCGGCCCCGAGACUGACGGACAGGUCUUGGUGACCAGCGACCUCAUCGGCUCACUCGCCUCACAUUCUCCUCAACUCAAGAACAUCAAACCAAAAUUCGUCCCAAACUUCUCCUCCUCCGUCAGGCUCGAUAAGCACUCCCUCAAUCCAGUUUUCGACGUCUCGCUUCAGAUCAUUCGAUCCUACAUCCACCUCGUUCGUACUCGUCAAUUCCCCAAGAUCGGCUCGCAUACUUAUAGCAUGAAAUCAGACGUCCUACAAACUUUAAACCAACGCGGUUGGUCUUCUUAA